GAUAGGUAUUUAUUUUUAAUAAGAAACCAUUUUAAACUCGAUUCGUUGGCGAACAUGAACAGAGCAGACGCAGACGAGCAAAAUGACUGAAACAGGAUGGAUUUGGUUAUCUUUAAUUCUGGUGCUUCAGUUUGCAGAUUUUCAUUCAGCAACUUCUAAAACAAUAAAUCACGACUCAUCUGAAUUAACCAAGACAACUCCAAUCAAGACAACUCCAACCAAGACAACUCCAACCAAGACAACUCCAACCAAGACAACUCCAACCAGCAACGCCUCUACUACAACUGCUUCACAAUCCAGGAACAUUAAAGGUCAGCUAUUACGUUACAUCAUUAUUUUGUUUGUCGCAGCAGCUUUUAUCAUAACUGCUGUGGGGGUCAUCAAUCUGAAGAAAACAAGAGAAACUAAGCAAAUGAAGAAAGGCAAAACUAACGAUCCUGAGGAAACCGUCUGCUAUGCCUCCAUCAGCCACUCCAACAAGACCGAACCCGAAGCCCAGGCUGAUGGUGAUGAUGACGAUGAAAAUGUUCCUGUGAUCUACAGCACAGUUGCACCUGGCCCUUCCUCCUCUACAAUAUGCUCUGAUCCAAACUGCCUCUAUGCCAAAGUUAACUAUCAAUUAAAAUGAAAACAAUUAAGGUCAUAUAUUGUUUUUCAUUCAUGCUCUUCUGGUAACUGUAUAUACCAAGUUUAUAAUUCUACAUGCACAUCGCUCACAUUGCUACGUGUGUUUCAAGUUUACUGUAACUUCCUGAUCUGGCAGGCGUGACAUUUAUUUUUUUUCAAUAAAGUUUCUCAUGUCAAACAAAAC